AUGCCUGCAGAGGAUUCUUUGCCGGCCAUCUUCCUGAUCUGCCGAUUCUCGAAUCUCAUCAGAACUCUAGAGGCGUUGAAACCUCUGCGGGACCUCGCGGAUGAAGAACGCAUGCGCCAGCAUCGCGCGGGCCAGUCUUGGUCCGGUGGCCAGCAAACGGAGCGCUUCUUGAAGAGAUUCAUUGAGGUAUUCCGAGAACACAGCUUCAACCUUAUAUCAAUUUCGAAAAAUGCGGGCGGAGGUUCGACUUCAAUGACUGGGUCAAGUGCAGACAAUUUGGGAUCUAUUCCUCCCAUUCUAUCGGCCUUCCCUGUACAUCUUGUCGGCAUGCUGCUAGAGACAUUACGGAUAUACCUGCCUGUUGUCAAAGACCAAGCAUCGCGGGAAAGCAUUCUAACGCAGGUCCUCUAUUGUGCAGGCAGCUUGGGAAGGCUUGGUGCCGAUUUUGGCAUGCUUCUCCCUUCCAUUGGCGUAACUGAAUGGCCUGACCUUGUCAAACGGCACCGAUUACUAGCUGGUCGCCUGGAGUCCGUCAUUGCAGACUACAAGGUACCUUCUAAGGGUGUGCCGGCCUAG